UAUAUAAUGACCUGGCAUAUUCAGUACCCUCAUUCAGCCUUUACCAUGAGGGGAAUCCUGCUAGCACUAACUGUAGCUCUUGUGGGGAGUCAACAGACAAAGUAUGAACCAAGUUUCAGUGGAAGCAAGACCUAUCGUUACAAGUAUGAAGGUGUGAUUCUGACUGGCCUCCCUGAAAAAGGAUUGGCGAGAGCUGGACUGAAAGUGCACUGCAAAGUGGAGAUCAGUGAAGUGGCACAGAAAACAUACCUGCUGAAGAUUCUGAAUCCAGAAAUUCAGGAGUAUAAUGGGAUCUGGCCAAAGGCUCCAUUCUACCCAGCGUCCAAGCUGACACAGGCACUGGCAAGUCAGCUAACCCAGCCAAUUAAGUUUCAGUACAGGAAUGGCAAGGUUGGGGACAUAUUUGCCUCUGAAGACGUGUCUGACACCGUCCUCAACAUCCAGAGGGGGAUCCUGAACAUGCUGCAACUAACCAUGAAGACCACACAGAAUGUGUACGCUCUGCAGGAGAAUGGCAUUGCAGGUAUCUGUGAGGCAAGCUAUGUCAUCCAGGAAGACAGGAAAGCUAAUCAAAUCAUUGUCACAAAAUCCAAAGAUCUAAAUAACUGCGAUGAGAAAAUCAAGAUGGAUAUCGGCAUGGCUUAUUCACACACAUGCUCAAACUGCAGAAAGAUUAGAAAGAACUCCAGGGGUACUGCUGCCUACACUUACAUCCUGAAGCCCACAGAUGCUGGGACUCUGAUCAUUCAAGCUACUUCACAGGAGGUGCACCAGCUCACUCCAUUCAAUGAAAUGACUGGUGCUGCCAUCACUGAAGCAAGGCAGAAGCUUGUUUUGGAGGAUGCUAAAUUAGUCCACAUAACUGUUCCAGAGCAAGAGUUAAAGAACCGAGGGUCUAUUCAGUACCAGUUUGCUUCUGAAAUUCUCCAGACCCCAAUUCAGCUUUUUAAGACUAGAAGCCCAGAGACUCAGAUCAAAGAAGUGCUUCAACAGCUUGUCCAGAACAAUCAGCAGCAGGUUCAAUCUGAUGCCCCCUCCAAGUUCCUGCAGCUGACUCAGCUGCUGCGGGCCUGUUCCCAUGAAAAUAUUGAGGGCAUCUGGAGGCAGUACGAAAAAACACAGCAAUACAGGCGCUGGAUUCUUGACACACUCCCUGCGGCUGCUACACCCACUACAUUCAGGUUCAUCAGCCAGAGGAUCAUGAAGAGAGAUCUCACAGAUGGUGAAGCAAUCCAGACUCUUGUCACUGCAAUGCACUUAGUCCAAACAAACCACCAAAUAAUGCAAAUGGCUGCUGAACUGGUUUUCGACCGGGCUAAUCUGAAAUGCCCUGUACUUCGUAAGCAUGCUGUGCUGGCGUAUGGUUCCAUGGUGAACAGAUACUGUGCAGAGACUCUCAGUUGCCGUGAGGAAGCUUUGAAGCCCCUCCAUGACUUUGCCAAUGAUGCUAUAAGUACAGCCCAUGAAGAGGAGACAGUCCUUGCCCUAAAGGCUUUGGGCAAUGCGGGACAGCCUUCUAGUAUCAAGCGCAUCCAGAAAUGCCUACCAGGGUUUUCCUCUGGAGCUUCGCAACUUCCAGUCAAAAUUCAAGCAGAUGCUGUAAUGGCUCUCAGGAACAUCGCCAAGAAGGAACCAGGAAAGGUGCAAGAGCUUACCAUGCAACUCUUUAUGGAUCGCCAGCUUCACUCAGAGGUCAGAAUGGUUGCCUCCAUGGUUCUGCUUGAAACCAGACCCCCCAUGGCAUUGGUAGCAAUGCUAGCUGAGGCCCUGCUGAAGGAGACCAGUUUGCAAGUGGCCAGUUUCACCUACUCCCACAUGAAGGCUCUCACCAGAAGCACUGCCCCAGAGAACCAUGCACUAUCUGCAGCCUGUAACGUAGCUGUUAAACUGCUGAGCCGUAAACUUGACAGGCUGAGCUAUCGGUACAGCAAGGCUAUGCACAUUGACACUUUCAAAUAUCCAUUGAUGGCUGGAGCAGCAGCAAACAUCCAUAUAAUUAACAAUGCAGCCAGCAUCCUCCCAUCAGCUGUGGUGAUGAAAUUUCAAGCUUAUAUUCUCACUGCAACCGCUGAUCCUCUGGAGAUCGGUUUACAUACAGAAGGCCUGCAGGAGGCUCUAAUGCAGAACCAAGAGCACAUGGACCAAGUGCCUUCAGCUGGGAAGAUCCAGCAGAUUAUGAAGAUGCUCAGUGGAUGGAAGUCUGUACCAUCAGAGAAAACCCUAGCGUCCGCAUACAUCAAGCUAUUUGGACAAGAGAUUUCCUUUUCUCGACUGGAUAAGAAAACCAUUCAAGAAGUUCUGCAGGCGGUCAGAGAGCCGGUGGAGAGGCAGACUGUGAUAAAGAGGGUAGUGAACCAGCUUGAGAGAGGAGCAGCUGCACAGUUGUCCAAGCCCUUACUGGUCGCUGAAGUGCGGCGGAUUUUGCCCACCUGCAUCGGCCUUCCAAUGGAAAUGAGCCUCUAUGUGUCUGCUGUGACAACUGCUGAUAUAAAUGUUCAAGCUCACAUCACACCUUCUCCCACCAAUGAUUUCAAUGUGGCUCAGUUACUGAAUUCCAACAUCGUUCUUCAUACUGAUGUCACCCCCAGUAUUGCCAUGCACACUAUCGCAGUGAUGGGCAUCAAUACCCAUGUGAUUCAGACUGGAGUGGAAUUACAUGCUAAAGCGCGCACAACAGUCCCAAUGAAGUUUACAGCAAAGAUUGACUUGAAGGAAAAUAACUUUAAGAUUGAAUCUGAACCGUGCCAGCAGGAGACUGAAGUUAUGUCUUUAAGUGCUCAAGCUUUCGCUGUAUCGAGAAAUGUUGAAGAUCUGGAUGCUGCUAAAAAAACCCCGCUGUUACCAGAAGAAGCCAUGCGAGAUAUAUUGAGCGAGCAGUUCAAUUCAGGGGCAGAAGAUUCAAAUGAAAGAGAAAGAGCCGGGAAAUUUGCAAGGCCCUCUGCUGAGACGAUGUCCCAAGAGCUGAUGAACUCCGGCGAGCAUCAAAGCCGUAGAGGCUCUCAUGCAACGCGAAGUGCCUGCGCCAAGGCCAAGAACUUUGGAUUUGAAGUUUGCUUUGAGGGAAAAUCCAAAAAUGUUGCUUUCCUCAGAGACUCCCCACUUUACAAGAUAAUUGGGCAACAUAAUUGUAAAAUAGCCCUGAAACCAUCACACAGUAGUGGAGCAACAGUAGAGAAGAUUGAGCUUGAACUCCAAACAGGGAAUAAAGCAGCAUCUAAAAUCACCAGAGUUGUUGCAAUGCAUGGUCUUGCUGAAGCAGAUGAAAUGAAGGGCAACAUCCUGAAGAAACUGAAUAAACUCCUGACAGUAGAUGGGGAGACUCAGGUUUCAACGCUGAGAGGAUUUAAAAGAAAGUCUUCUAGUUCAUCUUCCAGCUCUUCUUCCAGCUCAUCUUCCAGCUCUUCUUCCAGCUCUUCUUCCAGCUCAUCUAGUCAGCAAUCCGGCUAUCAGAAAAGAGUGGAGACGGACAAACUUACUGAGAACCUGGAGCGUGACAGAAAUCACUUGCGGGGCAAGCAGUCUACAAACAAGAAACAGGAGCGGAAGAACAAGCAGAAGAAGCACCACCAGCAGCUUUCUAGCAGCAGCAGCAGCAGCAGCAGCAGUUCUAGUGGCAGCAAUUCUAGCAGCAGCAGCAGCAGCAGCAGGAAUCACAAUCAUAGAAAUAAUACCCGAACCCUCAGUAAGUCCAAGAGAUAUCAAAACAACAACAACAGCUCUUCUAGCAGCGGGUCCAGUUCAUCUUCAGAGGAGAUUCAGAAAAAUCCAGAAAUUUUUGAAUAUCGUUUCAGAUCUCAUCGUGACAUGCUGGGUUCCCAGAAGAAGAGAAGGAGAAUGUCCUCUUCAUCAUCCAGCUCUUCCAGCAGCAGUCAAUCCACAUUGAAUUCCAAGCAAGACGCUAAGUUCCUGGGAGACUCCACUCCUCCUAUAUUUGCCUUUGUGGCUCGUGCUGUGAGGAGCGAUGGCUUACAGCAAGGCUACCAGGUUGCUGCCUACACUGACAACAGAGUGUCUCGACCCAGAGUGCAGCUGCUGGCUACAGAAAUCUCUGAGAAAAGCAGGUGGCAAGUCUGUGCAGACGCUAUAUUGCCCAGCAAUUAUAAAGCAAUGGCCAUUAUGAGAUGGGGUGAGGAGUGCCAGGACUACAAGGUUGCUGUUAGUGCUGUGACUGGCCGUUUAGCAUCUCACCCGUCUCUGCAGAUAAAAGCGCAGUGGAGUAGGAUUCCUCAGGCAGCAAAGAAAACACAAAAGAUAACCUCCAGCAGCGCUUCUAGUGAAACGUGAUCCAUCCCACUCUGACACCACGUGUGGCAAAGCGGUUAACAGUGUGCCGUUGCAGGAGUGCAGUGGUGAUCAAUAAACAGACAGACAAUGAUAAUCCAGGUGAAAUGAUAUUUUAUUUUGUAUUCCAAUGGUCUGAUGACAAUAAGACAGUAAAUAAUACUGAUAACAAGCAAUGCAGUGGUGUGUAUUGCCCUGUUUUAAUCCACAGGUUGGUCCCAUUAUAAUGGUCCCAAUCUUAAACACCCACACCCACACAUAACACAAACACAAGUCCACAGUGAGUGCUAUAGUGCUCGUGGUGUAAAUACAGUUAUUCGUGAACAAUGGUGCAGUGAUGUCUGGGUAAGUGCUGACCUUUGGCGACAGCUCCGGAUCAUGUUUAGCCGUCUAAUAACAACAAACAAAGUGGUUCUUUAGACACAACAAAAACAAACAAAACACUCAUGAUAACAACAUCGGUUCUCCUUUUGGUUCAGCUUUUAACCAUAACCAAGGAAUAGAUCACUUCGCUACGUCCCCUUUUGUACCGUCAAUCAUGACAACUUGGUUAACGAGUGCAACUGCUCCUCCAAUCCGCGGAUGCCACAUUGUUUCCCUUCCAGGUCGAUGAUUUAGUGUACCACAGCUCCGCUCCAUUUCUAGAUGGCCGACUUCCGUCUAACCCUGGGAAUGAAUUGUCUGGCCAUCCAGUCCAGGGCACUCUGUUCCCUUUACACAGCGCCCUCACAGGUCGGGAGCGCACUCACAGUAGUCCAUUAGUAAAUGUUGUCGGGGGCUCAUUGACUAUUUCCCCACAGUUUUAAGAAACCUUUCCUUUGGGUUCCCAAGUGGCGCAUCCAGUAAAGGCGCUCUGCACAGAGUGCAGGAUGCGCACUAUAGCCAGGAGAUCGCAGGUUUGAAUCCAGGCUAUGUCACUGCUGACCGAGACUGGGGGUUCCCAGGGGGCACCGCCCGGGUAGGGAGGGCUUAGUUCAGCAGGGCAUUCCAUGGUUCACCGCGCACCAGCAACUCCUUUGGCUGAUAGGGCGCCUGCGGGUCUGCAGUGGAGCCGUUCAGAUCUGUGCUGUCCUAUAGGUCUGAUGGCUUCGCUGUGGAUCCGCAGUGCGAAAAAUGACGGCUUGGCAGGAACACAUUUCGGAGGACACGUGUUUCAGCAUCCGUUUCUCGAGUCGCCGGGGGUUGCAGCGGUGAACCGGGAUUAAUAAUAAUUGGCGAUUCCAAAUUGGGGAGAAAACUGGGGUAAAAAAAUCAUUGGCAACCACUAAACUUAGAGAAAAAA